UGGCGCACUGGUUAAGACACAGAACAAACAGAAGGCUUACCCGGUUCGAAGCACGGGUUAGUACACGAUGAUAGUCGUGUUACAGAACGUGUUCUUCAGAAUGAUGAAAUCAAUAUGUUCAGUAAUUUUGUCAAGAGGGUUUACCGUCUACCAGAAGAUAUGCCAUCCUCAUCUGCUACAAUGGAAACCACUGUACAAACUCAUGGAGAUACUUGCGAAGUAACGGAAGAGCCUCCAAACCAAGCAGUGAGUACCAACGAACCUACAGAGAGACUUGAUGAUGUAGCAGUUGCCUUUUCGGAUGGUUUGAAACUGGAUCCUGACUAUAGAGAGCUUCAAGAUGCAUUUAGAAGAAACUCAAGGAAUGGGACCAAGAAGUGUAGAACUGGGAGGAAAAAGAUCAACAAGAGAGGGAGAGAGUGCGGCUGAAAGUUCGUUAGAAAGAGUCUGUUUCAUCUUAUCAACCAUUGUUUGUUGAGAUAAUGAGAGACCCAGAGGUACGUCUGAAACCCUUAAUCUAACGGUCUACUAUAUGGUGACAAUACCUGGAUUUAUUAUCUUCUUUCUCGUUGUUGAAUUAUCUGCAUUCAAUACUAAAAUUAUGUCUUAUUUAAGGUCAGUCUAUGGAGAUACUCAUUGGUGUUGUUUUACCAUGCAUUCCAUCCCCUUGCAUCAGUCGUGGGUUCACCAAGUUUGUCCAUUAGGUAUUUUAAAACUCAAGGGUUCUUUUUGUUUCAAUGGAUCUUAAAUGUAAAUUUCAUUCAGUGUUCAAACUUAAAUCCGCCUAUCUUGUUUUUGUUUCAGCAAUGAGUAUAGAUACACACACGGUGUAAUAGUUCUUUAGCGUAGAUCUCAUUUUUGUAUAAAAUGCUAUAUACUUGAUAUUAUUAUUGUCUUGGAAAUGUGAAAUGUGUAUUAUACUUGUCAUACUUUUGGCAUUACACGCAACUUUUGCAUAAGAUGUUUGCCAAGUUGAUUCUAGGAAUGCAAGUAGUUUCUUCCGAUUUUCUGUGAUGUUUCUCAGAUUUAUUUGAUUUUCUGGUCGUGGAAAUCUGGAUGCGGAAAAUGGCUGCAUUCCUAGUAAUGAAGCUAUAUUGUUCUUGUUAAUUUUUUUUUUUUUGCAACGUCUGACUGAGUUAGACCAGCAUGCUCGCUCUUAUAUUCAAGCUUAAAUACUGUCAAGUACUCAAGUUUAAAAGCUAUGUCUAUAUAUCU